UUCCUUCUCAAAUUUUGAGAUUGAGUGAAAAUUACAUAUAUGCAUGUACGUGCGUUGGAUAAGAAAUUCCUUAGAACAUUUGGGCAUGAAAAGAAUUUUGUUGGUGCAACAACUUCACCUUCUCAAGUAAAGUCAUCUAACCAUAUAUGAUUUAUUGCAUGAAAUUCUUGGCAGAGAUUACCAUUAUAUUGUUGUUCGAUCACAUAGUUGAUAGCUACGUAUAUUUUCAUUUAAUCCCUCAGUCGGGUACACAUAGAGUUAGGUGUAAUAUCCAUGUUACAUUUUCCUAGAACGUAAUGACUACAAAUAUAAGAUCUCGAUCAAUGAAGGGACCACCAGAGAGAGUAACGGAGGAGCCUAUAACCCUUAAGAGUUCCCUAUGCACGGUAACAAGUGUUUUUCUAACAAAUAUUGCGGGAUAUUGGAGAAAUGUUAGUGUAUUGUGGUGUAAAAACCUAAUGAACAUUUCUUUUAGCAUCAUUAUAGAUGGAUGUGAAGGUGAAAUGGAAAGGCAAACAACAUGCAAGGUAGAGUUAAAACCUUGGCAUUUUUGGAGCAAGAAAGGGUACAAAUCUUUUGAGAUGGAUCACAAUAAGGUACCGGAGGAAUCCAGCCACCAACUCGACUUGUAUUGGGAUCUACGAUCUGCCAAGUUUGCCGGUAGCAGCCCCGAGCCAUGCUCAGACUACUACGUAGCACUUGUAUCCGAUGAAGAGGUUGUGCUAUUACUAGGGGAUUUCAAGAAGAAGGCUUAUAAGCGCACAAAGAAAAGGCCAGCCCUAGUAGACGCAAUCCAAUCCUUAAAGAAGGAGACAGUGUAUGCUAAGAAGAGUUUCGCGACAAGGGCACGUUUCACUGAAAGCAAAUGGGAGCACGACAUAGUGGUAGAGAGUUCAACAACGGGAACUAAAGACCCGGAGAUGUGGAUUAGUAUCGAUGGAAUCGUUCUCAUUCAUAUCAAGAACUUGCAAUGGAAGUUCCGAGGGAACGAAACAGUGGUGGUUAACAAGACGCCGAUUCAGGUGUUGUGGGACGUUCACGCAUGGCUAUUUUGUAAUCCAGGAACAGGGUAUGGAUUGUUCAUAUUCAAACCGGGAGUAUCCGAAAUGGACACAGAUAAGGAGGGAAGCAAUAGAAGUGGAGCUAGUGACAAUAGUUGUGGUAGUAUGUUUUACUCAACACAAAGUGCUCAAACCAAAAUAGUUGAUUUUUGCCUGUUAUUACAAGCUUGGAAAACCGACUAAAAUUGAAUCUUAC